CCUGUUUUUAAUUUAUUUUCCAAUCAGCUGACCGUCGCAAAACAAAACGUUAUCAGAGUCCACAUAAAUUGGCUGACGGUUUAAAUCUGUGGUUUUUUAUUUGAGUCUAGUAUUUGGCCCAUACAUUUAAUUUGGAACCUGUUAAUCAAAAUUGAAACCGAAAUUGUCAAAUAUGAGCGGUUUUUUAUGGUUGCUGUUCGUUUUUGGUCCGCAGGUGAAGGCAAUUUUGAAUGUGGAGGAAUGUGCGUUCGGCGGCCAAGACACGGCGCUAGGAUCACAGAACAACCCGGUGUGUAAUGAUACGACUCCCGGGUGCAACUGGGGCGACUACGACCUGUGUAUUUCUAUCACUGGACAAUGCGUGUGUGUUCUAAAGAGUGGGUACGCCCUGAACUCCACUUCGCACAAGUGCGACAUACAGAUCGACGAAUGCGAGUGCGGAAUUGCGGCCUGUGAACACGAAUGUGUGGACUUGGACCCGAUCGUGAACAACGGCACCCGCUACGAGUGUUUUUGUCCCGAUGGCUACGAAACAUUCAACAUUCACUUCUGUCAAGAUAUCAACGAGUGUGAGCUGCAGAGUGAAUUCUGUGGACCCUUUUCCCAGUGCAAUAACCUAAACGGGUCCUUCCAAUGUAUCUGCAGUGAGGGAUGGGAAGUUAACACUACAAGUGGAAAAUGCAUCGACAUCGACGAGUGUUCGCGAAACACGAGCGAUUGCGAUCACGACUGUUCAAACACAGUCGGAUCCUACGACUGUUCGUGUGACGCGGGUUACCUCCUCUCGGAUUCCGACAACACUUCGUGUCUCGAUGUGGACGAGUGUGCUGUGAACGGAGGUGUCGAUGCUUGUGGUUCAGAAGUCAGUUCUUGUCAGAAUCUCAAUGGAACGUUUCAAUGUUUCUGUCAGGAUGGAUAUCAAGGAGGCGUGCAAAUGGCGUGUGAGGAUUUGAAUGAGUGUGACUCAGUGGACUGUCUGUUCGGAGGAGUCUGUUCCAACACUGUCGGAAGUUUCAACUGCUCCUGCCCCUCCGGGUUCCAAAGUGGGCCCAAUGUUUUAUGCCAGGAUGUGGACGAAUGCAUUACGGAGUCUGGACAACAGUCAAUCUGUGGACCUUCAACUCACUUCGACUCCUGCGUCAACUCCAACGGCUCCUGGUCUUGCGUCUGUUCUGAUGGGUACGAGGGGGGAAAUGAGACUGCAUGUACUAACAUUGACGAAUGCGAGGAGGACCCUGGACGUUGUCUGCACGGAUCCUGCGAAGACUUCAACGGCACUUUCAGAUGCAACUGCAACCCUGGAUAUGUCACCACUGGCCUUGGCCGAGUCUGCCAGGGCAUCAACGAAUGUACUGCAAAUCCCUGUGGAGCCCAAAGUGCCGGAUGCGUAGACUUGACCCCUGGAUACCAGUGCAGCUGCAACCCUGGUUAUUCUGCCGACUUUUUCUCUCCUUGCGCUGAUGUAGACGAGUGUACUAUUAGUGAUUUUUGUGGUUCAGCCGAUCUGGCUGUCAACUGUACUAAUAUGGAGGGAACAUAUGCAUGUCUGUGCCAUGAUGGAUACGAAGGUGGCAUCGGUGAAGUUUGUGAAGAUGUUAACGAAUGCUUGCAACAAGACUUCUGUCAGUUCAAUGGUAACUGUUCUAACCUGAUUGGUUCAUUCAACUGUUCCUGUGACUACCCUGCAUACGUUGGAGGAAUCGGGAGUACCUGCGAGGAUAACGAUGAGUGCCUGGAUCUCGGAGACGAAAUCUGUGGAGCAAAUGAUACAUACACAAGCUGCAGCAACACACACGGGGGAUUCCUAUGUGAGUGUUCCGACGGCUUCCGAAGCAAUGUAUCGGAACCCUGCACCAACGUCGACGAAUGUUCCGAGCAGCAACUUCUGAAUCUUUGCGGUGUCAAUUCAACCAGUUGUGAUGACGUUGUAGGGUCCUAUCAGUGCAAUUGUAUCAAAGGUUUUAACGCGUCGGAAGGAUCUGUAUGCGAAGAUGUUAACGAGUGUUGGAGUAUAUCUUGCGAUGGUCGCGGCGUUUGUAUGAAUACUAUCGGUUUCUUUUACUGCGACUGCUUUUCGGGCUAUAGAUUGGAGACUGAAACUGGUUUUUGCAAUGACGUGAACGAAUGUGAUUUCGUGAACUGUGGUCGUGACGAACGUGCGAGUUGCGUGAACUCAAAUGGCAGCUAUUUUUGUGAUUGCAGCGCUGAAGGAAUUUGGAACGGAGAUGGUUUUCAAUGCCAAUACGAGCGAUCUUUCGAAGCUCAAAUUCUGGUCAAAGAAGUUUGGACAGACGAGCUUCUUAACAAAUCCUCUGAGACAUACCGAUAUUUCACACAAAAUAUCGUGCAACAGAUCACACGUGCAAUCAAUCGAUCCGAAAUGCUGCGAGGAAAACUGGUCUCAGCGUCUGUCAUCGGGAUCUCCAAAACUGAUUUCAUCGUGUAUAUGAACUUCACUUUCACAAACAUAGUUGUAAAUAGAGAUCGAGCCAGGCGAUCAGCAGAUGACUUGAGUAUGCUCAAUGAAACUCAAAUCUUGGACGAAAUCAGAGACAACUUGGACCCGCAAGUGGGCGACAUUGGGCUGGAUGGCGACAGUUUCAAUCUGGCUUCAUUUGCGACUGGAUCUGUGGAAAGCGAAGAGGGCGAUGGCGACACGGAUGAAGUGUAUCUGACGUGUCAUUGGGACGGGAUGGAGGUUUUGGUGCCUAACACUGGCAACCUCAGUGACGUGCGACUGAGUCUGCUAGAUGAUAGUUGUGAGCUGGAAGAAACUUCCGAUGGCCAGUUCUACCACAUUUACUUCCGAUACUUCAACUGCUCCAGUCUCAGAACAUCGAACAAUGACUCAAUCGUCUACACGCAGUACGUGUUGAUGAAUGACAGCGUGGACCCGUUGGAUGACUCAUCGGGACUCAUGUCAAUUGCCCACUCCAGUAUCUAUGCAGUGCUUCGAUGCGAGUACUUCCGAGACUCCCUGCUGAUUAACUCGGUUCUAGCCGACAACGACCCCUUGACAGUGGCGGACUCGGGCAACUUCAAAGUGGAGUUGCUAUUGUACACGGAUGCAAGUUACACACAACAGCAUACGUCAUUCCCGGUCGGCGUGAGUGACAGCGAGACUCUGUUCAUGGCAGCUGCCCUCUCCUCCUCCGACGCCUCCCUCCGAGUAAACUUGGAGUCCUGCUGGAUCUCAAACUCCAACAAUCUCUACACUCCUCAGAGGAACUACAUCAUGCAGGACUACUGUCCUGUGAGUGGUGACUUCGACUACGUGUCUCAAUUCAGACGGGACUGGUUCGUUCCCUUCUCCUACCAGGCACAGGUGAUCAUAUCCCCAGAUGGCAGUACACUGCAGAGUGUGUUCUACAUAUGCCAGUACUCGCUAUGCGACACAUCUCCCGACUCAAACGAAGUCUGCCAAGACGAGUCGAGUUGUCCUGGAUCGUCAAACAGGAACAGACAUCGCCGACAACUGGCAUCGACAGCUUCAAAUCUGAAGAAAGGACUUCUGUCUGUAAGCAUUCACUUCGAAGUUGGGACCGCCCAAGCUGAAAGUGAGGUUGCGGGAGGACAAGUUUAUGACCAGAACAGACCAACGAACGCACAAGACACUGAAUACCACAACACAGAGGGCGACGGAUCUCAACCUGACAAUCCGGCCCUGACCCAAGCGUCCACACCUAUCAUAGCAUGUCUAGCAGGAGUGAUUGUACUUCUAGUUGCCGGCAUAGGGGGUGGUUACUUAUGGAUUCUGCGGACUAAAAAGAAAGCUGCAAAUCCUGCAAUUCAUUGAAUUUUUUUUUGAGUUUAUAUAAACAGCUUUCACUGAGGCUUAAUGAAAAACUGGCGGAUGUUCAACAAACCACCAUAUCUACAACCGCCAUUUCUUGAAGCCGAAAUUACAUCAAAUUUACCUAAAUUACAUCGGAAUUACAUAACAAUUGCUUAACAACAGUGAAAAUCAGCUGUUAUGUUGUAUAAUAUUAUUAAUUUUUGGCUUGUUGGAAUGGUAAUUUUAUUUUCGGUUUGUUGGCUGUUCGGCUUGUUGGCCUACCACCGAGAAGAAAUACCGUCAAAGUGAUAUUUUUUGAUGUUGCUUUUAAAAGGUUUUCAAGAGUGAUCGUAAAAAUAUCUGAUGUAUUUUUGAUUUUGGUUGAGUGUGUUAAUGAAUGUGUGUUGCAAUUAAAAAAUUUCUUAUUGA